AUGGAUGAUGGCUUCUUCCGGAGAUCUGAUGGGCGUCGGGAGCGCCGCGGUUGGGUUCUCUCCUGUGGGUCUUUGGGGUCCGCUUGGGAUAUCGAGCGUUGUUCCGUUCGCCUCGCUUACUUACUCUUAAGCAUGGCUUUGCGCAAUAUGAUGGCGUUCGUAGUUCAUUUACUUCUUAUCGAUAUGAACACCCCACAGAUGCAGCUGUAA